UCCCGGCGCUCUAGCCACACCCAGGGAAGUCGGUGUCCUCACCUUUUAGAGCCCGCGCCUCGGUUCCUGCGGACGCUUCCCGUGCUCUCGGCUCUACCACUGUCCACUGCCAUCCCGCCGCCCACCAUGGCCCUCCUGCACUCUAGCCGUGUCCUCUCCGGGGUGGCUGCCGCCUUUCACCCAGGCCUUGCGGCCGCAGCCUCUGCCAGAGCCAGCUCCUGGUGGACCCAUGUAGAAAUGGGACCCCCAGAUCCCAUCCUGGGAGUUACUGAAGCCUUCAAGAGAGAUACCAACAGCAAAAAGAUGAACCUGGGAGUUGGUGCCUACCGGGAUGAUAACGGGAAGCCUUACGUGCUCCCCAGUGUCCGGAAGGCAGAGGCCCAGAUUGCUGCAAAAAAUUUGGACAAGGAAUACCUGCCCAUCGGGGGACUGGCAGAAUUCUGUAAGGCUUCUGCAGAGCUGGCCCUGGGUGAGAACAACGAAGUGCUGAAAAGUGGCCGGUUUGUCACCGUGCAGACCAUUUCCGGGACUGGAGCCUUAAGGAUCGGAGCCAGUUUUCUGCAACGGUUUUUUAAGUUCAGCCGAGAUGUCUAUCUGCCCAAACCGUCCUGGGGAAAUCACACGCCCAUCUUCAGGGAUGCCGGCAUGCAGCUACAAGGUUAUCGAUACUAUGACCCCAAGACUUGCGGAUUUGACUUCAAGGGAGCCAUAGAAGACAUUUCAAAAAUCCCAGAGCAGAGUGUGCUCCUACUUCAUGCCUGCGCUCACAACCCCACGGGCGUGGAUCCGCGUCCGGAGCAGUGGAAGGAAAUCGCCACAGUAGUGAAGAAAAAGAAUCUCUUUGCGUUCUUUGAUAUGGCCUACCAAGGCUUUGCAAGUGGUGAUGGAGAUAAGGAUGCCUGGGCCGUGCGCCACUUCAUCGAGCAAGGCAUUAAUGUUUGCCUCUGCCAGUCCUAUGCCAAGAACAUGGGUCUCUAUGGUGAGCGUGUGGGAGCCUUCACUGUGAUCUGCAAAGACGCUAAUGAGGCCAAAAGGGUGGAGUCCCAGCUGAAGAUCCUGAUCCGUCCCAUGUAUUCCAACCCACCACUCAAUGGUGCCCGGAUCGCAGCAACCAUCCUGACCUCUCCAGACUUGAGAAAGCAAUGGUUGCAGGAAGUGAAAGGCAUGGCCGACCGCAUCAUCAGCAUGAGGACCCAGUUGGUCUCCAACCUGAAGAAGGAGGGGUCCUCCCACAACUGGCAGCACAUCACCGACCAGAUUGGCAUGUUUUGUUUCACGGGCCUGAAGCCCGAGCAGGUGGAGCGGCUGACCAAGGAGUUCUCGGUCUACAUGACAAAAGAUGGUCGCAUCUCCGUGGCAGGGGUCACCUCUGGCAACGUGGGCUACCUUGCCCAUGCCAUUCACCAGGUCACCAAGUAAUUACCAGGGUGCAAAGGGACAGAGACCACCUUCCCAUCAGCCUUUGUUCUCAUGAGAGUCACGUGCGCAGGAGAAGGGGGGUGGAUGGUGGUGAGUAGAUCAUGUUUCCAACCACAGUGCAUAAGGCUCAGCGAUUGAAUGUGUUCCUCGGAAAAGAGGCAGGGCAGAGGCUUCCACGGCUGGUGUCUGGAACUUUGUUGGCUCCAAACCAAACUCUCCUUCAUCCUUCUGUCUCCAACUUGUCUGAAAGAGUUUACACAUGCAAGAAAAUCAUGUCAGCACCAAAAACCUGUCAGCCACGGCGUUGGAAUAGAAGCUUUACUGAAGCAUCCGGUGGUGUCGGGGGCUCACCUCUGGACCCAGCUGAGACCGCUCACAUUAGGGGUUGUGAGGAGAAAACCUAGUUCCGUCGUUAACCGUUGUCCUUGUGUUUGUCCUCCCAGAAUGAGCAACUGUGUCAGCAGCUCACAUUACAGGAAUUCUGCUUUACAGAAACCAAGUCUGCUGCCCCUGCAGUGAGGGCAGUAAAAGAUGCUGUCUGUCAGCCUGUCUCCCUCUUGUCAUUGCUGUCUGUAGCCUACAGCUUCAUCCCGGGCUGCUGGAUUGACCAUUAGCUUUAUCCUGUCAGGAUCUGUGUAGGAUGGAGAACGUAGUUUCCUGUUCAUGCCAGACCCUCCUUUCUCAGCCAAGAGCCAUGGAAGAGGGGGAGUCUGCACCUUAAUUUGAGUGUCCCCCUUCAGCGAUUGACUUGAUCCUCCCGGGAUGGGCCUCUGCCCAGCUGGACCCCUUCCCUCAUCCUGGCUGCACAGCCUGUCUCCUCACAUGCGCCAGACAGUGCAGGGCAGGAUCAGGAGAUAUUCUGGGGUCUGUGUGCUGCCAGCCCGGCUCCGACUCCGCCCUUUGGAAAGAUAACCACCAUCUGCUCUAAUCAUGUAGACUUACUGCCGCCUGGUUUCUCUGUUACAAUAAAAUUACUGUAGACCCA